CAGCCUCCUGCAAACCCGCCGAGAGACGACCGGGGACGGGGGAGGAAACUUUGCGAGCACUCUGUGAAAUCUGCUGAAUUCAGGAUUAUCUGCGGGUCAUGGACGCUUUCGUCUAGUUGGAGUUUUUUGCGGAUUCCCGGGUUGUGCGCCUGCAGCAGAGCGGACCGCGCGGUGCGACUCCAGGCGGCUCUGAAGGAAACCAUAUCUGGUCAAAGUAUUCGUUGCUGCCUGUCACCCAGCGGGACCGUCCGGCUAUAAAUAGCGCUGGAGGAGGUCUCUCUCUUUCCCAGGAGCGCUACGGGCACUUGGCUGCCUUUGCUGUUAUUUUACCCCUGAGGUGGGGGUCGCUGAGAUAUAGAUUUUUUCUUUCACAAGUUCCCAGGGUCUUGCAGGCUCCUGAUCGCCUACGAUUUGUCAUUCUCGUUUGGAGGGGUGAUUUGAGGUGUCCAUCAUGUCGGUGAUGAGGAAGGAGAUGGAGAAGUACAGGGACAUAGACGAGGAUGAGCUGCUGAAGAAACUGUCAGAGGAGGAGCUGCAGCGAUUAGAGGAUGAAUUAGAGGAGCUGGAUCCUGAUAAUGCGUUGUUGCCGGCUGGGAUGCGGCAGAAGGACCAGACCAAGAAAGCUCCGACAGGAGACUUUCAGAGAGACAACCUGCUGGCCCAUCUGGAGAAACAGGCCAAAGAGCAUCCUGACAAAGAAGACCUGGUGCCCUUCACAGGGGAGAAGAGAGGGAAAGCCUGGGUGCCUAAAAAGAUUGUGGACCCCAUCAUGGAGAAUGUGACUCUGGAGCCGGAGCUAGAAGAAGCCCUGGCUAGUGCUUCUGAUGCUGAACUCUGUGAUAUCGCAGCCAUCCUGGGUAUGCACACCCUGAUGAGUAACCAGCAGUACUAUGAAGCCCUGGCCAGCAGCACCAUAGUCAACAAGCAAGGCCUUAACAGUGUGAUUCAGUGCACCCAGUACAAACCAGUCCCCGAUGAAGAGCCCAACUCCACAGACGUAGAAGAGACCCUGAUGAGAGUGAAGAGGAACGACCCCGACCUGGUGGAGGUCAAUCUCAACAACAUCAAGAACAUCCCCAUCAAGACUCUGAAGGCGUACGCCGAGGCUCUGAUAAAAAACACUGUGGUGGAGAGGUUUAGUAUUGUAGGAACCAGGAGCAAUGACCCUGUAGCAUUUGCCCUGGCGGAGAUGCUGAGGGUGAACACGACACUGAAGAGUCUCAACGUUGAGUCAAACUUUAUUACAGGGACUGGAAUCCUGUCCCUCAUAGAGUCACUGCAGUAUAACACCACACUACAGGAGCUCAAGAUAGACAAUCAGAGCCAGCCGUUAGGAAACAAGGUGGAGAUGGAGAUAGCCAGCAUGCUGGAGAAAAACACCACGCUGUUGAAGUUUGGAUAUCAUUUCACCCAGCAGGGCCCGCGCCUUCGAGGCUCCAACGCCAUGAUGAACAACAACGACCUGGCUCGAGUCGUCAGGUCAGAGUCGGACGGCUCCUUCACCCUCACUCUGUCCGUCCCCGAGCUGGAGAGGGCUUUCGGGAAAAAGUUCAAGUCCAAGACUAAUAAGAAAGAGAAGGCUUGAGGGAGGACCCAUCUUCCCUAAGUGUCGGACGAAUGUGUAGAAACCAGGGCUACCCUCAACCCUCCGUUCCCCUUCCACCUCUACCAUCUUUUCCGAACCCCGUCCUGUAACCUCUCUCCAGCCUCACACCCUCCGAUGGCCGACCCUGAAGACCACGUCCACCCAGGUUCAGUUCUCUCUGGACUUCAUCUACUUUCCAGACCCUUUUCCAGUAGAUAUUAAAGGAUCUGGUGGGAUUAAUCAGCAGAGCCCUUCUGAUCUUUCAGUGCAGGCAAAAGGUGAGAUUAUGUGCUUAAUUUUGCACUCUGAAGUUUGGAUGUUGACAUCUGCUGGCACUCUUUGUCUAAACUAACCAGACGAGGUUUACUUUGUCAUCAUGAAUCCUUUAAUAUCUCCUUAAGUGUCUAGAUUCCUUAAUAAAGGGGGCCAGAGGAGGUCUGGUUUUGAAUGAGGGCCUAUUAAAAAGGUCACAGGACACUUUUAGAAAUACCUGUUUCUAUUGAAGAGUUGAAUGAAUUCUAAUUAUUAUGAUUAUGCUGUAAAUGAGUUGUGCUGUCAUUACUGUUGUUCCCAAAAGCUUCUGAUGUUGAUUCAACAUCGACAUACAAUCAAGGUAUUUUCUACCAAUUAUACACCAAAGCCAAUGUCAAUUUGAAUUUAAUUUACGUAAAAGAAAAACUGUGAGAAGUACUGUGAUAUUGGCUCUUAACCUGAUUGAGAAUCUGAUGUUACAGCCUUCUCAUAUUCGGUCUAAACAGUGUUUCAGUGACUCACAGUCCUCAGAUACUAAGAUAAACAGAUUCUCCAGUAAUGGACAGAUAGAUUUAUAAACCAGGCUACUGUGAGAUUUGUCGCUAUAUACAGAAUAUAUUUAUUUGUGACAGACCUGGGGAAGAGUCAGAAAUCAUUCAGAUGCUUUAUAUCUUGGUUUGAUUGUGCUGGACUGUGUAAUAACUUGUGUAAAUAUAUUUCUGCAAAUGGAAAUGUACUCUAAGUACACUUUAAAUUGUUAUAUUAUCCAGCAUUUAUAUUAAAGCUUCCUGCAGAGCAUUCCUGCUAGCUGGGAAUGGCAAUCUACGUUUUAUUCACUGACAUUAGAUUUUCUGUGAACCCUCUGUAAAAUAUCCUACAAACAACAGUAUCUGCAGUACACCAUGUAAGUCAGACUGUGAUAACUGCUACUUUGAUAAUCCAAAGUAGCCACAAGUAUCUGAAUGGACUUCUGUUACACUUUCAACCAGGUCUUGUUUGUUGAUUGUUUGUGAUUAUUUUUAUUUACUGGAGCUAAGAUGUGUGGUUUAAUAUGAAAUGCUUGGUACUGUUGACUUACUGUUUAUUACAGGUUUCACAUUAACGCCUCAGUCCAGGUUUGGAUUAUUUCAGUAACGGAUGGUAGACAGACUUAAAAACACAGGGAACCUCUAAUGUCUUUACAGCUGUCAGAUUACACAAAUCCAUCCAUUUUCCUUCAAUAAAACAAAUGCUCAAAGACUAUUUUCAAUUUCAAAAUGCUUGUUGGCUGUGAUGGGUCUUAAAUCAACCACUGAACAUCCGAAAUUAUUCAUGGGCAAAUUAUAAAACAAUGGGCCCCUGGGCACAGACAUGCAAAAAGCCAAACCACCUCAAGACACACAGACUUGUUGUUUAGCCUCUUUUUGUAGUUGUUUUGUGUUUUUUUGUAGUUUUGUGUCUUUUUCUUUUGAGUCUCUUUGUAGUUCUGCCUAUUUUCAUGGUCAUUUUGAGUCUCUUUGUAGUCUUUUUGUCACUUUGUAAUUGUUUUGGUCUCUUUGUAGUUAUUUUGGUCUCUUUGUAAUAAUUUUGGUCUCUUUGUAGUUAUUUUGGUCUCUUUGUAGUUAUUUUGGUCUUUUUGUAAUUGUUUUGGUCUCUUUGUGGUCAUUUUAUGUCUCUUUAUAGUCACUUUCAGUUUGUCUGUAGCUGCUUUGUGUGUCUGUGUCAUUGGUUUUGCCUCUUUUCAUUCGCAUUGUGAGUCUCUUUGCAGCUGUUUUGCAUCUCUUUGUAAUAGUUUUGGUCUCUGUGUAGUCCUUUUCUGUCUGUUUGUUUCUUUAUAGUAAUUUUGAGUCCUGGUUGGAUUGUGUGUCUUUGAUUGACAUUAAUGUAGGCGAAGACCAGGGGGGCCCGUGCCCAGAAGGCCUGUUCAGUAAACCAUCUGCGAAAAUAUGGUUUUACACUCAGAUUCUGGAUGGAUCCUUUAGGAGAAUAAAUGUACUUCUAAUUGAGGGCGAAACCUGUCUGUAAAAACAUGUUUACAUGUCCUUGUUACUAUCUCCGGUUACACAACUACAUGCUGGUAAUAAUGACCUCAGCUGUGUAUUUUGUAGCUCUUAAUUCAAGUUAACAGCACAAUGAGAAAAAGGAGGGUUAGCUGCUAUGUAACCAGGAACUAGAGCUAAUAUGUUGCUGUCGAAAAAUAAAACAGCUCCAGUAAAAUCACCGUAAAAUGGUCUGCACUCUUGUUACGUUUUAAUGGCUCAAGAUGAAAUGGGUAUGUAGCCUGUUUGUAUGCUUAGAGAAAAAGGGUAAACUACAAGUUGUAGACUCAAAGGAAAAUCUGACCCUGUACCAUCCAUGUCUAUGUGAUGUCAACAACUGUACCUGAUACUGACAGCAUGUUUAAGGGUCAGAUAACCCUUUUUAAUGUUAUUUAAUAUCACUGCUUUGUUACUUUCUUGUCAGUGCUGUGGGUGUUGUUCAACAAAUGGUAAUCAAGGAUGUAAACAUUUGUAAAACAGUAAGUAACUGAAUGCUCAAGGCAAAAGAGGAUGUGGACUCCUGCCACUCACAGUCUUUGUGUGUCCAGUUCUUUUCUUCUAUCUAGUGUUUUCUGGUAUUUUAGUGCUUGACUCUGUGAUUUGUUAGAUAGUUCACCUUUUUGGUUGAUUUUUUUUGUUUAAUAAAUAAAUAAAGCUUGAAAUAUGUUUUUGUUUUUAACCUUU